CUUCUGUUUAAGUUAUUCGCUAAUUUUCAUUAGCAGAUGAAAAUCUAGGACACGAAGCGCUUACAUGCGUACCAGUGUCUUGAUGCUACUUCUCUGAUUUGAACUCUUAGAUCCGACAUUGUCGACUUGCUAAUCCCGAAGCUUCUUUCCAGGUGUCUACUAAAAUGACAGAACCUUCAAAAGUCAUCCACAUUCGCAAUGUGGGACAUGAAAUUUCUGAGAAUGAUCUCCUACAGUUGCUUCAGCCUUUUGGUGUUGUCACUAAGCUUGUCAUGCUGCGUGCAAAAAAUCAGGCCCUGCUCCAGAUGCAGGAUGUAGCCUCAGCUGUGAGUGCAUUGCAAUACUUUGCAAAUGUGCAGCCGAGCGUCAGGGGGAGAAAUGUGUACAUUCAAUUCUCUUCACAUCAAGAACUCACUACAAUGGAUCAAAAUACUCAAGGACGCAAAGGGGAUCAGGACUCACAACCCAACCGAAUUCUCUUAGUAACAAUCCAGCACCUGCUCUAUCCUAUAACAGUGGAAGUGCUGCAUCAAGUAUUUUCUCCUCAUGGGUUUGUGGAAAAGAUCGUGACAUUUCAGAAGUCUGCUGGUUCUCAAGCCCUUAUCCAGUAUCAGUCACGCCUGAGUGCCGUUUCAGCAAGAAAUGCUCUCCAAGGUCGUAAUAUUUAUGAUGGUUGCUGUACGCUGGAUAUUCAAUUUUCAAACCUAAGUGAGUUACAAGUGAACUACAAUAAUGAACGGUCAAGGGAUUUCACGAACCCAUCUUUGCCUUCAGAACAGAAAGGCAGAUCCUCUCAACAGUCUGGAUAUGGUGAUGCGGGGGGCCUCUAUGCACUUCAACCUGGAGCUGGGGCAGUUGCGUUUCCACAGAUCGGCAACGCUGCAGCAAUAGCAGCGGCAUUUAGUGGAGGGUUGCCUCCUGGGAUAAGUGGCACUAAUGACAGGUGCACAGUCCUGGUCUCUAAUCUAAAUACUGAUAAAAUCGAUGAAGAUAAACUCUUCAACCUUUUCUCCAUCUACGGGAACAUAGUGAGAAUUAAACUUCUUCGCAACAAACCAGAUCAUGCACUAGUUCAAUUGGGUGAUGGGUUCCAGGCUGAAUUGGCUGUACACUUCUUGAAGGGAGCCAUGCUAUUUGGAAAGCAUUUGGAGGUGAAUUUCUCGAAGCAUGCAAACAUUACAUCAGCUCCUGACACACACGAAUAUGUGAACUCAAACCUAAAUCGCUUCAACCGAAAUGCUGCAAAGAACUACCGCUACUGCUGUUCCCCCACUAAGAUGAUCCACUUGUCCACUCUUCCCCAGGAUAUUACGGAGGAGGAGAUCAUAGCUCACUUAGAGGAGCAUGGGAACAUUGUAAACACCAAACUCUUUGAGGGAAAUGGAAAGAAGCAGGCCCUUGUCCUGUUUGAGACAGAGGAGCAGGCUACAGAGGCGCUUGUUUGUAAGCAUGCCAGCACCAUUGAUGGAUCAAUCAUCCGGAUCUCCUUCUCCCAGUUGCAAACAAUUUAAAAAAGGAAGACGGGUAAUGAUAUAUUUGGCAAAGAUGGUUAUGGUUUGGGAACAGGUCAAAACUCUUUAAUUAUUCCCUUCUUUUCUUCUUGUACUGGUGGUUGUAAGCUUUUGCAGGAGUGGUGAAGUGAUAUUUGCUUAAUGUUCGAAUUUCCCUUUUCAUUUCAUU